CGUGUUUAGAUUCACCUGAUCUUGUAAAAAUUUACACAGCAUAAUUGAUAAUCCACUGGAAUUCAGAAACAAUACUGGAUUUAAAAAGAAAACUGGACUGAAUCAUCUAAAAGGCGAAGAACCACCAAAGCAGGAUGAAAGGCAACUGGCUUUUGAUUUGGAGUGUCACUUUGUUCACAUACGCAGCUGAUGGAUGUCCCAACAAAUGCCUGUGCUAUAGAGCUUCAAAGACUGCAGACUGCAAGAACAGAGGAUUUACUGAAAUUCCUGCCCAUUUACCUCCCGAAAUUCAGAUACUACAGUUGCAGAAUAACCGUAUUUGGAGAAUCAACCAAAAUGCAUUCACUGGAACACCGCUGCUCAAAAUCUUAGACUUGUCUAAUAAUUCUCUCUCAAGUUUGGCACCAGGUGCUUUCCAAAAAUUACGGUAUCUACAGGUUCUAAACCUAACUAGGAAUUUGAUUCAUUAUAUAGAAAACAAGACUUUUAGUUUCCUCCCCCACCUAAAAGAACUGGACCUGUCAUCCAACAGCAUUAUACGUUUGCCUGAGACUUUUGGAAACAGCACCGGGAAUAUAACACUACUGUCUGUGAAGCAUAACAAACUUCAGAAAAUGGAACGAGUUCUUCUGGAGUCACUUCCAAACCUGAAAGUGGUUCUUUUCAACGAUAAUCCCUGGCAAUGCACUUGUAAUGUCUUUGGCCUGAAACUGUGGUUGGAGAGCUUUCUAUACAGAGGAGGAAUAAGCGAUGGCAUUAUUUGUUCAACACCAGGGAUUCGGAAAGGAAAAGACCUCCUCAAGGUUCCCUAUGAGCUCUUCGGGGCGUGCCCUCUUAGGACAGCUCAUGUUCAUCUGGCGAGCAUUCACCACCAUAGCUUUGAGCACCGAAGUUCUUUAAAGCACGCUCAUCACAUGGAACAUGGGGAAAACAGCCGUUCAAACUGUGAACCCAAACCAAAGCCACGGCCUGUUAGCUUACGUCAUGCAAUUGCCACUGUAGUUAUAACCGGAGUUGUCUGUGGAAUUGUGUGUCUAAUGAUGUUGGCAGCUGCUGUUUAUGGUUGUGCCUAUGCUGCAAUUACUGCUAAAUACCACAAAGAACAUUUGGCCCUGGUCAGACAGCAUGGGACUCCUGAGGAAAAGGAGCCGUUUGAUAGUUCCUUGGCUUGAGUUACUUUUGUCUUUGGUUUCUUGAAAAUAAAGCCCUCAUUUCAGUUAAAAAAAGCCUGGAGUCUAAACAGGAAUGAUUUAUUAGUAAUAAUGCUUUCUUUUUCUUUUCUUGCCUUUUCACAUUAUUUUUAAGUGUAAGAAUACAUAUCUUCUUUGGAACAUGUAUUAAGAGUUUAUGUAGAAGAAUGUAAGCUUAUUUACAUUUUGUGGAUGUACAUUCUGCAACCUCUACCUAAAGCUGAAUGUUUGUGAUAACAAAAUCUUGAUGCAGCCACUUUAAAGUAUUCCAUUCACCAUUACUAGCUCUUGAUGAAAUAUUAGUACAAUAUAUGGGUUAUGUGGCAGGUGCAGUCAGUAGCCCACAAGACAGCUUUCUACAAAGAAAAACACAAAAUAGCUACAAAUGACUGACUAUAUUUUAAGAUCUUAAAACACUUGGCAUGUAUCCAGGAAUACAAUUCAUGAUCAGUUUUGGAAACGGACAGCCUAUACACUGCCAACGAUAAUUUCAAUGUGUUAAAAUCAUUUCCAAAUACAUUUUUACUACUAAUCUGCCCUAGAAGACAAAAAUUACACAUUACAUCCAUUACCGAACUUAGAUAGUAGGAAAUACCUGGUUAACAAUCACUUUUCACUCUUAAAUUAAUCAGUAGGAAGAAAGAAGAGAGCUGAGAAAAUGGUGAAAUAGAAGAAACGCUACACUCUUUCAGGCAUAAGCACUGAAAUGAGCACCUGUAGCAUACACAAAGAGACACUACACAUUAUCACUCUGGUAUACAUGCUUGCUACAAACAUUCCUAAAGCCUCUUAUUCCCAAAACCAUAGACAAGUGUUCCAUUUUGCAAGUAUCCUGACUGCGGAUGCAGCUCCCAUCACGCUGCUGCCCUUCAGUACAGAGGAUAAUACAGUCGCGUGUUUAUGUCUUCUCUCACACAGAGAAAACAUUCAGCUGAAUUCAUUUAAGAGUCCACCCUAACAUUCUGUAGUGCAGUUUUGCCAUCAGAGAAAAUGAGAGCCAAACCCAUUCGAGUAAUAUAAGUUUAGAAAAGAAAGAAUAUUUUGAAUGCACAGAAGUGGGUUUUAAAUCAUUCUUAGAAAUUAUUUUGGCAACCAACAGGGAUCAGCAAUUACAUCUACCUUUUCUAAGAUGAGAUAAAAUACAUCUAGGCUAUUUGGGACAGACGUCUAAUGUGUUUUCUGACUCUCUCCAGUGACACGGUUAAAGGUCUGCCUAGGUAGCUAAUGUAGAACUCAACUAUGCUGAUAGUCUAAGAGCUUUUCUUAGCACGCAGCCUAAACCUUCAGUGAAAAUCUCGCCAGUUUAUUGCAUCGGGCAGAAGAAUUGAGGACAAUGGCUGAGUAACAGUCUGCAAUAAGGGCAAAAGGAAGCUGUGUCGUGUCAUUCAGAGAUUUCCACUCUCCUUGCAACAGAUGGAUUCCAAGAUCUAGUCCUGUAGCUAUUCUAAUAACAGCCUCAACUGAGUAAUGGCCUAUAUGGCAGGAGUCACGUAACCCUUGCUCUUAUCUACUUAGUAAUAAUUGCAACCUAAAUAUUAAAGCUCAUUCCUGCAUCUGCAGUUACUUUCAUGUCCAGAGAAAAUUAAGCAUCUCAGUCUUAAUCUAAAUUUAGCAGACAUUGAAAACAAUCAAUUAUUGUCUGUCCUUUUCUUUUUUUUUUUUUUGCCUUAACUUGUAAGUACUUUUGUAUUAUUAUUAGGCUCUCUCCAUUCUUCUCGGUCCCAAACUAAAUAAACCAAGCUGUUUCAAAUUUUCCUGUAAGGCCACAUUCUCUAAACUCUUUUUCCUGCAUUCCCUGGAACUUUUUCCAUUCUUCUACAUUUUGUUUAACAUGUAGUACCCUAGACUGGGCACAUCACCUCAGCACAGAAUAUUUAGAAUAUUUAUAAUCAGGCUCCUUAAAUCUUAUCACUUGAUGAUGUAUCAGAAGCGAUUUUGCUUCUACCCCCUCCCUUUAAAGAUUUGGUAAAGAUUAAUGAAUAAUCUUGUUUUCAGAGCUAAGUCAUUUGAGUGUGUUGAUCUACAUUUUCUACUCUUUUAUGCAUUUAUUGCAAUAACAUUUUACAAAGCAAAACAUAGUUUUUCAGAUAGAGAAAACUGAAGUAAUACAGCAUAGGAUCUUAUUGCCCAUGGGCCUAAAAAAUGAGUUCAGAACCACGCCAGAUCAGUGCCUUUGUAUGGUGACAACCUAAAAGUAAACAGACUUGCACUCAAACUGCAGAUCCUAAGGUGAAAGCGAAUAAACCUCUGACCUCCAGACAGAUUUUCACCCACAGUGUUUCUAAUAGGCUCAGAUAUAGCAAUGUAGCUUCUGUCCACAAGCUCACACUUUAGGUAUCUUCAGGCAAAGGGAAAACAAGAACUGACUUGAUAUCUCCUGGCCAGGAAUAACAAGAACAUCUUUCUAGUCCUUAAAAUCCAGUUCUACCAACAAAAAACUUUCAAGCUUUCCUUACUGCAAGACAGUUAAUAAAAGAAACAAAAGAAGAAGGUGAGGAAGAGGUAAUGAAGGGCACAAUAUUUAAAGAAAUUCCUUCCAAGUCACAUUUAAGAUGUGUGGGAGAUUUUCAUGCAUACAUAAGGCUGUAAAUUGAUACGAAGUUCUACCAUAAAGCAAAGUAAUUCUUCUUUUCAUUAGUUCACUCUGCUAUGAGAGUAGAGAAGCCAACCCACGCAAAAUUAAUACUUAUUAAUACUUACUACUUGCUGUUUGCUGAAUAAAGGGGAAAAAAAUAAAAAAAAAAACAAAAAAUCCCAGAGAAAUUUUUCAUUUAAGCUUUUUAAGACUAUAUAUAGUUACAGUUAUACGUGAUAAUAACCUAAAAGCAGACAUUCAACAGAGAGAAGUGUUGGUUCAAUUGCUUAAAUUAAUAAAUACCAAAUUAUACAUCUUUCAGUAGAGGAAACAGAAAGCUCAACAACUGAAAAAUAGAGAUAAAAGGCACAAUUUAUUGUCCAUAACAAUUAUUGACUACAACAAGUGGAAGACCAGAUCUAGCGAUUCCCCACAGAACUGCCCUUAAUUUGUAAAGCUUAGCGACAGACAUCUGCCGCUGAAAUAAGUUGUCUGCACAGAUUUAUUUUUCAGAUCAACAUUCCUGAGAAAGCUUUGUUGUUUCCCCGGCAAUCUCGUGAGAGGUAAUAUAGUGAGCACAGUAUUUUUUUCUAAUCUCUGUAAAAAAACACUCAUCCCUGAAAGUCAACAAAAUAUCAGGAACAUAUUACUUUGCAAUGUAUUUCCAAAGACAGGGAAAGUACACGUUGUAUUCCUGUCAUUCAUAUAGAGGGUCACCAUAAUCCUUUGUUUUCAGAAAAACAGACUUUCUAGAAUUUCAAUUUUAGGCAGGAGAUUAAAAACUACAAUAUGCCAGUUUUCAGUACAGAAAACGUCCUUAGUAUCAAUACUGAAAGAAACAAAACAAACUGAAGCAUGCUUGCUUGCAAUGUGUCUUUCCAUCCAGAGCUUGCAAAAACUCAAUCAAAAUUCAGCUUCAUUAUUCCCUAGUAAUACAAUGUCCAAACAAAAUAAGGAUCCCUCUUCUUGAGCAUCAAAGUAGAACAUUUAGUGUCAUCACAUAUAGCUUAUCUAUCAUUGACAACAUUAAUAUAAAAUACCAACUGUUGUGUACUGCUAACCAACUAUCUUUGCUGGUCAGAAGAUGAAGACACACAGAUUUUAGUUAAGCAUCCAGAAAGUAUGCCUACUUUUACAACUUUGAUCUUUGAACACGGCGGAAAGUGGCAUAGUAAAUAACCAUCGUAAGACAGUCUUGGUACUUCCUUGGUUUAUAUUACUUAGAACGUGACUAUACGCUUCCCAGAGGAGACAGGCAGCGACAUCAGUUAUCUGAAUGUGGCAGUAAACCACAACAGGGCAGAAGAGGUAGGAAGUAGAAACCCAUAAUAAGCAAACAAACAACUACAUACUUCAUAGCUGUCUGCAGUGAAAGCUGUGGUUGCUCUCAAUUACUGACUACAGAGGGAUCCCCCCAAUAUUUUAGGGCUCUGUACACUAUACGCCGAACUUCUUGCAAAAGUCUGCCAUUCUCUUUGCAAGACACAACAAAACACAUGAGAAAACACUAUUAAUAUUUGGAAACAUAGUCUACUGAAGGGAAAAUAAACUAGCUAAUCCACAGUACUUAAACUCGUACAGUGAUAUUUGAAUUUUUCAAAAGGACCUAACAGUUUAUCUGCUGCCUUGUUCUGCAAUCAGAGACUUAUUUUGCUAGCAGCAGAAUUAUCAUGCAAAAUGCCUGUACAAUUUGAUUGCUGUUAGAUCACAAGGAUCUUCCUGCUCCCCAAAUUACAUAGUACUAAACCCCAAGCAAUCAGCAGAGCAGAAGCGCAGAAGCAACAAGCAGAGUGCUCUAUGCAAUUUAGUAUACAUGUCAAUGCUAUACGUGUUGGGAUACUGUUCUAAUACAUCCACUAGAGCUCCAGAUUCUCUGAGAACAAGUGGUGAGGAAAGACCAAGAAUUAGAUAAACAGGGGUUAAACUGACAAGCCAACACUAGCAGAGAACUUAUCUCAAAAAGCUCCAUUACUCAAUUAUUCCACACACUAAUUCUGUAUGGUAAAAUGAAUUGAGAACAAACACAAAUACAGAUGUGUAAAUGGCUCUGAAUACACCACCGAGCUUUAGACUCCCAGUUCAGACAAUGAAGAGAGGAACAUGCUCUGAAGCAUCCUGUUGAGGGGCUUACCUCUCUCCAGACACUACCCACAAACCCCGUUUCCUAAGUCAUGACUCCUAAUCUGUGAGUCAUUUAAUGCUGGACUGUACAAAUACACAUUCCAAUUUUCCUGAAACUGAAAACUUUAGAACGUAUACUAAUAUUAGGUUUAUGAAUACAAAGAUAAUAUUCAAAAUGAACUAGAAACUCUGGAAAAACAUAAACUAGUAGUUUUCCACCAAAGCAUGAAAAGCCUUUUGAGGGAUUUACUAAAUGCUACUGCUGAAUAUAAUUUCUGUGGUUUAUAAUGUGGAGUAAAGAUUAAGUAAAUCACUGUCUUGCCAGACAAGGAAAACAUCUAUUUUAGAACACUUCAGAAAUUUGGUUGGUGUGUCAUCAUGAUGACAUAUUCAUUUUCCCUUAGGCCUUCAUACUAAAAUGUAAUUUUUAUCAUGAAUUUUAAGGACUGUGUAUGACAGUGAAAUUUGCUUGAAUGUUUUUAAUUAUACAGCAAUACCAAAGCAACACAUAUGAGGAAAAAGGGGGGAAAAAAGCAUAAGGAGUAGGGAGCAGAUGUAUUUAUGUGCUAAUGUAACAACAGCAGAUUUAACUAUUUGUGAAACAUUUCCAAUAUCUGCCACUCCUAUAAACAGAUCAAACUACCGUCGACCAAAUUAUUGGAGCCACUUUUACAAAGCACAAUUUUUCCUUUCAAAUUGCUGUUCCCUAAAGGCUGAUUCAGCCAGGGAGAUUACAAAACUGAAGUGUGACCAGCCACAAUAAGACAGAUUUGUAUUUUAAAAGAAAUACGAUAUUUUGGAUCUUCCCUAUUUUCAAAGCAUGGUUUGAAAUAUCUUGAACAGCUGGACCGUCAGCAUCACUUUCCUCUGGCCCAGACAGAGGCAUUCAGCAUCACAUGCCAUUUUUAACAAAGUAGUGGUGAAAUAAAACCUUAACCAUUUCUUCCUUAGCUUGCGCAUGGGACACAAAAAGAACCACUUAAAUCUUGAAUCGUGUCAUUGAAAGUACCUGAGGGCUUUUAGCAAGUUGACUAGGAAUAUUUAACAUGGAAUAACUGGAAUUAUUGUUAUGCUAACGUUUGUUCUUAAAAUGAAAAACAAUGAAGCAGAUGAAUGAAGAUACUUGCAAAAAAUAACACUCUAACCAGGAUUUGAAGAAAAAAGCCUUGAAUCUAUAUGAACUAGUUAUAAAAAUAAAGGAUCAACUUCACAAAGUUAAAUACUAGAAAGGGAAAAGAUCCUGGCUUUACUUAGGACAAUUUGUUUGCAGGCACAUAAUAUUCCUUGUUUGCAUAAUAAGGAUUUUUUGGUAAAAGCAUUUAAAAAUCAAACUGUCUGUGAAUAGAAGAGGAUUAGGCUGCCUUUUCUUCAUAGUAACACGUCCUACACGUGACAUGCUUAUUAUAUUUUAAAUAUAUAUUUUUAGUGUAUAAUUAAAUAUAAAUAAUAUAUAUAUAAUAACGCAAGCACAAUCUACACUUCUGGUAGAAAUCAGCAGUACUAUUUUAAAAGAUUUUUCUUUUAUUCUGCUAAGCCACACGGACAGGUUUCUUUCCAAGAAGUCUUUUAUGUGACAAAUUAUUUUUCUUAGUCUCGCAGCGUUACUGUGUGGCAGAGAACAGCGAGUAACCUAACACUUAUAAUGCCCUUGUGUUACGGCACUGUCUGCUAUGGAAUUAAAUGCACCUGCCAUGCAUUUAAGGACAGAUUCGUUGGAACCUUCUGUAUCACAUACCUAUAUAAGACAAGAAACUAUAUAAACGUAUGAAUCAUUGGUGGCAGAAAGCAUCUCCCCUUUCCAGUUUUUACAGCAGAAAAUAAUGGCUUUGAGAAAAAUUUGGCCAUCCUUAAUCAUUCUGAAAUUGACAGUAAAUCUAUUUUCUUGAAAGGACUACAUACAAAGUACAACUAUUAUUCAAAUGUUCCUGAACAGCAGGAUCUGACCCCUGGGGGUGUAGUAUUCUCACAAGAGCUAUAGACUUUUUGGUAACCUUUGCCACAGGAUUCUGAGAACGGCUGAUCUUCAGGCCAUCUGUAUAAGGUAUGCUUCAUACACAGUAGAAAAACAAAAAUACCAAUUAAGAAGCUUCCAAUUAAGAAUAAAAACGUGGCUCCUUCUGCACUGAUUUUUCUCUUCUGUCCAAACAGCAGU